AUGGGCGACACAGACGAACAACUUGUGGAACUGUUACGGAUGCUCAAACCCUUUGUCAAUACUCCAGAGGGCCAGCAGACCGUCGUCGACAUUCUUAGCAAGGACAAGGUCGCUCAGGAAAGGCACGUUCUUUUCCCUGUUUCCUUGAAACCAUUCUCAUCAACGCCUUCCACCCAGAAUGGACUGUCAAAACUCGUGUCUCCAGAUCAAUCAAACACCCCCCAGCCUACGAACGUGCUUCCGUUCCAGCCAGGUCUACCCUCUUUCCCUCCGCCGGCCAUGGCAGCGCAACCCCCGAUACAGCCACCGUUUCACGCACCGCUGCAACCACAACCCUACGGGAUUCCUCCAGCUCCUCCUUCUCUACCGCCCCCUCACUUGCGAGGUCCGCAGCCUCCAUUCCCCCCUGGUCCACCAGGUCAGCAACCCCCAGGGUUUGCACAAGGUCUUGGGCUUUCUCCAGAGGAUCAGGCAAUGCUCCUAAGGGCAUUGAGCAUGUCGCAGGCAGAGCUCGAUAUGCUGCCUCCUCCUCAACGAGCAAUCUUUAUGCAACUCCGUUCGUUGGCCGGUCGUUAA